AUGAAAACCUAUUUUGACUUGCCAAUAUUUAUAUUCGUAUUAAAUCAUUAUAGUUAUACCGUUCCCGUGGACAAAAUGGACCUAAACACGACUCAAAGGUCUAGCUACAAGGUAACAGAACAACAGGAAAAAAUCCAAACACCGUGGGCUGCAAAACUAGGCUAUUGCAAACCGGAAAACUCUAUGGAACAAUGUACGAUGUACAACUACAGUUACAAGGAACCGGGUGCGUACAUGUAUAAGGAUGAUUGUGGUGAUACUGUUAAUAUCAUGGCGGACAGUGAUUUAGCCAAAAACUGUUGUCCGUUCACGUGUCUGGCUGACGGUGUAGAUAGUGAAUUUAAAUCAACAUUUACGAAAGCACAUCAUUUUGGUGAUUAG